UAGUAGACCGGUUAAAAGCUUUCAUAGGCAUCAGCCCAAAUACAAAAUCUUCAACAAUCAUUGGAAAACUAGACCAGAAAUGUCAUCUAAAGAGAUUUGUCAAGAAAGUCGGGGCAUUUUGGAAAACUCACGUUGGAAGAACAUUAGGCGCAGAUGCAAAGCCAUACCCAUACUCAAGAGCUUCUUUUACUUCUACGAUUUGGAAAAAGGUUGCAGGAUAAUAGCAGGAUUUGAGGCUUUGGUGAGCGUGAUACAGAUAUUGGCUUUAUAUUAUUUAGCCAAUAAAUCCGGACCAAGUCGUUUGUUACCUGAUCCCUUUUGGAUCACCAAAAUCGAUAGGGAAGGAAUAAUCAAAAGGAGGUUACUUUAUCAUACAAAUCAGAACUUUUGCAUGGGACUCGGAUUGGUUACUCUACUCAGCUCGCUGCUGCUGCUCAUUGGAAGCAAAUGGGUGAGAGGCCACCAGGUGUGCCUCUUUCUUUGGAUUUACAUCACGCUGUUCACCACUCUCAUAUCGAAUAUAAAUGAUACUUUACGGAACUUUAAUCUUACGCAAGCUUUCAUAACAUUUCCAUCAUUAGCUCUUGAGGCCUACUUUGUAUUGGUAGUUGCAUCAUUGAUUUGCAAAUUACACGAGAAACGAGAUGAUUGCUGCUCAUACAGCGAAAUGCACGCCUCAGACGGCAAAAAGAGUACCGAACAGCAAUAAGCAGAUAUUUGCCAUUUAUUUGCAAGAUAUUUUGUGAAUUUUAAAUGUUUAGAGAAAAACUUGUAAUAAGUUGG